AAAAAGAAAAAAAGAAAGAAAAUUUUGCAACACGUUCAAAAUUUCAGUACACAACUCAGCUGCUGAAAACUAGAAGUUUGCAAUAAGAAGAAAACAAACUACGUCAUAUUUUGUUUUUGGAGAAAAUCACUAAAAAAAAAAUAAAAACAGCAACAAAAAUGUUUACCUUGGCCCGAACACAACCUCUCACCAGCCUUGUGCGCUCCAGCAUCCGUUCCAUAACAGUUUCACAUCCUCGUCAGGAAAUCUUCAAAGUCCAAAGUCAAAAGGAAUUUGAAGAAAAAGUAAAAAACAGCAAACAACCAGUGAUUGUUGAUUUUUUUGCAACAUGGUGUAAUCCAUGCAAAAUGCUUACACCUCGCAUUGAAUCGGUUAUUGGUGAAAAAGCCGGUGCUAUUGCUCUUGCCAAAGUCGAUAUCGAUGAACACAGUGAAUUGGCACUCGAUUAUGAAGUUGCUUCUGUGCCAGUCUUGAUGGUUAUCAAAGAUGGUAAGGUUCAGACUAGGCUAGUUGGUCUGCAGGAUACAGACAAAUUGCGGGCAUGGGUUGACAAGGCUGUGGAAGAUGCCAAAUAAUGAGAUAAAGUGCAAAGCACAAGAGCGAAAGAAAUCUUUAAGUGAUAUACAAAAAUUAUGCUUUAACAAGAAUUUGAUUAAAUAGGAAGUUACUUCAAAUGUU